CGGUAUGCACCUUCCAGCACAUCAUGACUCCCACCUGUCCCCCCGACCAUGAGGCACCCGUGCCCAUUGGCCCUAUAAUACCUCCUCACCUCCUCAGUCAACAAGAACAACGUGGGCAGGAGAAGAAUGGUAGUUUAUAUCGAUCAUCAUCAUAUCCCGCAAACGCAUUACGGGCUUCGCAGACCUCACAUGGAUCGGCAGCUGAGGAUGAAGAUAGUGCCAUCAGCGCAGACGAUGCCUAUAUGCCUGCGCUUCCUCCCGAUAUGAAGAAGUACAACGAGACGCCAGCUUUUCUUAAGCCAUCACCACCGCGCAGAGUAAUGGGUCCCUCCUUCCCUACUCGUCCUCCCGUGGAUUCUGAUGAUGAGGACAUUGGCCCGAUGCCUCCGUCGGAAGUCAGCGUCCUCCUCGAACAGAGCGGUAUAGACGAAUUUUUGGAGCGGGAACGGCGGCGCGAACAGCAAGCAGCCGAGGCGUCGCAACCCAAGAAACUUGAGCGGGAGGCUUGGAUGCUCGCCCCCCCCACUUCAUCGGAGCUUCUUGGAAGUCUCGAUCCCACGCGAUUGAGGACCAAACGCACCCUGGGUGGAGGGGCAUCGAGGGGAAAUAACAAAGAAGGGAUGGAAUUGUGGACUGAGACGCCUCAGGAGAAACUAGAGAGGCUGAAGGCUGAGAUUAGCGGGAAGCGCAAGAGGGUAGGUGUCCAGAGUGAGAUAAAUGCUGAUGAGAAGGGUGAGAGGGAUCGGAAGCGAAGACGAGAUGAAGAGAUUGAACGGAGAGUGCAAGAACAUAACAAAGGAUCGGACCGAAUGGCAUCAAUGCUAGAUAUGCAUGCGUCCAAGCAGAAGAGUAAGGGCGAAGGAGGACACAAUAAGGACGAUGUCAUUUGGGAUCACGAGCGGGACAUGUCUAUUGGUGGCCGACUGAUGGAUGAGGGAAAGAGGAAGGACAUCAUCAAAGAUGCGAAGGGGCUCGGGGGGAGAUUUGAGAGAGGGAGGACUGGCGGAUACCUGUAGAUAUUUUCCCCGGCCGCUGAAGACGG